ACAAUACAUAGAUAGUACGUAUGUAAUAUUAUUAUUAUAGACUAUAGUAUCGUAUCGUUCCGUCGGGCGAAACGUUUUUUUUAUUUACGUUUUUCCCUUGUUUUCGCCGCUCUCUCGCCGCCGUCCCCGACCGACAACCGUCGCGACCCGUCACACGCUACACGCACGACGCGCGCGAUUACUUAGCAGCAGCAACCGCCGCCGUCGUCGACGAUCUGCGCCGCGUUUCCUUCCUCAGUCUUCAAGUCGUCGUCCCGUUAUCUUUGUUAUUGUUCCGUUUUUUUUUUUUUUUUCCGUUCGUUCGUUUUUGCUAUUUUAUUUUUUUACGCGCCACCGCCGCACUCUUUCCCCGUUCACCACCACUUCGGCGCGCCAGCACAGCCUGCCCGCUGCCGUACGACGAGUCGGGGACACCGUCGAGCUCGCAAUUCGUACAUAUUGUUGUUGUUGUUGUUAUAUACGUGCAAUAAUAGUAAUUAAAAAUAUAAUAUAUUUAUAUUAUUUCAUAAGAAUCGCAUUAUCACCGUCGUUGUUCUUAUUACAACGUCUUAUUAUUACGCACACGACUUUCGCACCGCAACCGCGUCGUCGUCGUAUGCUGUCGUACGAUUACGAAAAAAAAUAAUAUCACAUCCGACACCGACCGCGACGAACAGACCAUCGUACGCGCGCGCACACGGCUGUGCAAUAAUCAUAUUACAUUAUAUCAGUGCGGUGCAUCGUCGUCAUUCCGUGUGUGGUAUAUGUCUAUGCUAGUUGUUUUGUUUUCUUGAAAACAACGGUCGUCACAAUAAAGAAAAUAAUGCGCAGUGUGCUCGCUACCGUCAUUUGAAGAAGAACACAACGUCGUAAUUAUGCGCCUUUUGUGAGACGAUUUUUCCAUUUUUUUUUUUUUUUUUUCCCCCAAAAUCCAUAUCGUAACGAUAUUACGCUUACUCGAACGCGCUGAUCUAUACGACAACACAUUAUUUAUGGCUAUCAAUCAGAUACUGUCGUCGAGUGCCCACAGAGCCCUAGCACACGAGUACAAAAGUCUUCAGGAUGAACCCGUCGAGGGAUUCAGGGUCAAGUUGAUUGAGGAUAACCUACGAGAGUGGGAAGUGGCAAUAUUCGGACCACCGGAAACCCUUUACCAAGGAGGAUAUUUCAAGGCUCAUAUGAAGUUUCCAGCUGAUUAUCCAUAUUCACCACCAACUAUAAGAUUUCUGACGAAAGUAUGGCAUCCUAAUGUGUAUGAGAACGGUGAUUUAUGUAUUUCAAUUCUUCACCCACCAAUAGAUGAUCCUCAAUCUGGAGAGUUACCAUGCGAAAGAUGGAAUCCUACCCAAAGUGUCAGGACAGUAUUACUAUCUGUAAUUUCUUUACUAAAUGAACCAAAUACAUUCAGUCCUGCUAAUGUAGAUGCUUCCAUCAUGUACAGACGGUGGAAAGAUUCAAAAGGAAAAGAUAAAGAAUAUGAAAAUAUUAUUAAAAAACAAGUUGUAAGCGGCCGAUUAGAGGCUGAUAGAGAUGGAGUUGUGGUUCCACUUACACUAGAAGAUUAUUGUAAAGUGAGCCAAGUUGCUCGUUCUUCAGCUGCUGCUGCUGCAAUGGACAGUGAUUUUUAUGUAGAAGACUACGACUUAGAUGUUGAGUCUGAUGCAAACUCUGAAGAAGAGUAUCAGGAUGAUGCUACUGAUAGUGGCAAUGGUGAAUCAUGAAACCAAACAACUAUUAGGCAUUUUCAAAACUUAAAACAAUAUUUAAUAAACAUACAUUAUAAUUGCUAUCGAACAUUUGUCUUUGUUGGACAAAAUAAUUUAAACCAUUGAUUUAAGUUCUGUUUUGGGGUCAAUAGUAUCUCUUUACAUGUUCUUAGUUAUUAAGAUAACAAUAUGUGACAUCGUUCUUAUAUCCUACAGUCACUUAUACACGGUAGACUCUAAUAUAUCCCUGUAUACAUAAAUACAUAUACAUCAGUAUAUAUUUAUACAUAUUAUUUUUUGCUUUCUCCAAAUUUUAA